GUUACUUUGCCGGAGAUCUUAACUGUGCUUGCCCCAGGUCUUCCUUCUCAUGGCUGGGUCAUAUCCUGGAAUGUGCUGACACAGCUGAUAGAAAGCUUUCUCCACCCCCAAAAUAAUCUCGUCCCUGCAUUUGUGCCGAAGCAGCAGCGACAGCAGCAAGAAUGGAGUUGCAGACGCUACGGAGCUGGCAUGGAUGGAUCUCUCAAGAGCUGGACACCGUGAUGGAUUUCUGGCUGCGGCAUUCACAUGAUGAAGAAUAUGGGGGGUUCUUUACAUGUCUGGGCCAGGAUGGGAAAGUUUAUGAUGACUUGAAAUACAUCUGGUUGCAAGGAAGGCAGGUGUGGAUGUACAGUCGGUUGUAUCGAAAGCUACCAAGAUUCAGGCGCCCCGAACUCCUGCAGGCUGCCCGAGCAGGUGGGGAUUUCUUGCUCCGGCACGCACGCAUCACCCCUUCCCAGAAGUGUGCCUUUGUGCUAACCCGUGACGGGCGCCCUGUGAAAAUCCAGCGCACCAUUUUUAGCGAGUGCUUCUAUGUGCUUGGGCUGGAUGAACUUGGACGAGCAACAGGGGAAUCCCAUUACCAGACAGAAGCCCUGAAGAUGAUGGAAGCCAUUGUGCACUGGGUUAGGGAAGAUCCCUCUGAGCUGGGACGGCCACAGCUAGCCGGAGCAGUCCUCCAUGACACGAUGGCUGUUCCCAUGAUGCUCCUCAACCUGGUGGACCAGCUGUCCGAAGGAGACGCAGAAACUGCAAGCCGCUUCAGCGAGCUGGGAAGCUGGUCUGCUCAGCGAAUACUCAUGCACGUGCAGAGGAGUGGCACUGCUGUGUUGGAGAAUGUUUCUGAAGAUGGCAAGGAACUGCCAGGUUGCCUGGGAAGACAACAGAAUCCUGGCCAUGCACUUGAAGCAGGCUGGUUUCUGCUCCGUCAUGCUCAGCGCCAGCGUAACUCGGCCCUUCUGUCACAGGUGGUGGAGAAGUUCAUCAAGCAGCCAUUCCGUUCAGGCUGGGACCCUGAACAGGAAGGGCUCUUCGCCUUUCAGGAUGUCGAUGGGCUCUGCCCCACACAGCUAGAGUGGAAAAUGAAGCUUUGGUGGCCACAUACAGAGGCCAUGAUUGCAUUCCUGAUGGGUUUUGCUGAGACGCGAGAUCAGGAGCUCCUGGAGCUGUUUGACCAGGUGGCAAAAUACACCUUUGCCAAGUUCCACGACCCGGAGACAGGCGAAUGGUUUGGCUACUUAACCCAGGAAGGCAAGGUGGCUCUCACAAUCAAAGGAGGGCCAUUUAAAGGCUGUUUCCAUGUCCCUCGUGCUCUCUAUAUGUGUGAAGAAAUUCUGGAGUCGCUCAUAAAGGAGACUGAACCUACCAUUCAGGAAUGAAAUGUUCCCCUGACUUACACUGAGUCAGGGGGAAGGUCUUUUCCAUAUUUUGCCUCUGAGGAACUUAUGUCCUAUCAUGCUUCUCUCCAAUCAUGAUAGAAAACUGAAGAACAUCCUUUCCUUCACUUCUCAUUUCAGUUCCAACAGCCAUCUUUCGACUUCUUGUUUUGGCAGCACCAUUUAGAACAAGUUUACUGUACAGCUGGACUUAGGCUUACAAGAGCAGAGUGGUAGUUAACAGUAUUGUGGUUCUGUAAUGAUGGGCAGGUGAAUUUUUUUAAUGCCCUCAUUCUCACUCUAGUUAUGGGGCCUUUGCUACUUGCACUCUCCCUACCCUCUGCCUACCACCUGCCCCUUCUUCUGGAUCUAUGAAAUAAUCAGUGUAAAAAAAUGCAGAAUGGAAAACA